CAGUAUGAUUCCCAUGUGGACUACCGUUCUUGUGGUUGGUUUGGUAUUAUCAACAGGUGAGACCUUUUUUUUUUGAGCAGGGAAACAACUUGGAUUCCUUACAGUUUUCAGUCUUUCUAUGUAUACUUAAAAGUCUUUCACGAGGAAUGGGCUCCAAUAUGUUAAAGUCAUUAAUACACUCAAAAUGGAUACCGAAAUCUAAGAAGAAAACGGCUAUACAAGCUGGAAUUUGGGGUGGAAUUGUUUCAUCUAUACUUUGCUCUUCUGUUGGAUGGCAAGUUGAGCGUCGCAGGGCGACAAUAAUUCCAGAUCAUGGACACAUGAGUAUAUUAUGGCUUUUUCCUCAUUUCUUUCUGUUAGGUCUCAUGAAAGGGAUUGUUGCAACUGGACUCGAUGAAUUUGCCAUUGAUCAGUUCCAGAAUCCAUGGAAGGAGUACGUAUCUGAAAUUAAUGAGUUUGUUAUUGGACUUGGAAAUUUCCUUAGCAUGCUUUUUAUUCAAGUAAUCAAAAUCUUGUUUCGUGACACCUUGAACAAAAGUCGGCUGGACGUGUACUACCACCGGCUAACCAUUUUUAGUUUUGUCAAUAUGCUUUUCUAUUUUUCCGUUAUAUACAUCUUCUACGGAUCCAAACGUGGGAUGAUCCCGGAUGCAGCCCAAUUCAAACGUUUGGAAGAAGGAAGAGAGUUAAUUUCAUCCGCCCUUCAGCCCCCUCCUAUAGGAGGUGAAAGCACAGAGAGCAACAUCAAUAGAUGGGGACUAAUAGGAGCAGUACUGUGGUUCAGACGCAGUUUACGGAGGCGGCAAGGCUAUGCUGAAGUAAAUGACUUUAUUUGAAGCGAUUGCGAAAUCCCCUUGUAGUUGUGGUGGCGCGUGAUAUGUAAUUGAAAUUAAUAUUUUAUUGUGUGUAUGUCGGUGGAUUGAUUUGUUAAGGAUU